UCCAGGAAGCGCCCUGGCUUGAACGGGUCAUGAGCCGGUAUUGGAAGCUGCCGCACCUUUUGCUUCAGCACCAGAAGGUCCACACUGCAGUGCAAUGUCUGAAAAGCAAAACGGGAGCAGAGCAACGUUGGCUGGAACGGCAUUUCAAUGAUCCAUAUGUGAAGAGAGCCAAACAGCAGAGCUACCGUUGCCGGAGUGCAUUCAAACUGCUGGAAAUAGAUGACAAACACAGCAUCCUUCACCCCGGGCUGUGUGUGCUUGACUGCGGCACGGCCCCUGGUGCUUGGGCACAAGUUACAGUCCAGAGAGUCAAUGCUACAGGCUCUGACCCAGCUGCUCCCAUCGGUUUUGUCCUUGGAGUUGACCUCCUUCGCGUUGCCCCUUUGGAAGGAGCCAACUUUUUAUCUCAUGCUGAUAUCACAGAUCCGAACACUCAACAGAGAAUCCAGGAACUGCUUCCUAAAGGGAAGGCGGAUGUUAUUUUGAGCGACAUGGCUCACAACGCUACUGGGAUCCGGGAACUAGAUCACCAAAAGUUGGUCCAACUCUGCUUGAACCUUUUGGAUUUCGUCCCGCACAUUUUAAAACCCGGCGGGACCAUGCUCUGUAAAUUCUGGGAUGGCGGGCAGAGUCAUCUUCUCCAAAAGAGACUGAUGCAAGACUUCAAGGAAGUGAGAACAGUAAAGCCUCAAGCAAGUAGGAAAGAAUCUGCUGAGACAUAUUACUUAGCAAAACUAUUCAAAACAGAGCGUACCACCCAGCAGAGGAAGCACAAGUAACUUUGUGCGUGCUUCGUGUGGUCAGUUACGAUGAAAGCUAUAGAGCUGGUUUCAGUGACAGUAGUCUGCCUAGGAUUGGGAUGCCAGCUGGAGAUUUUGUGGAAGUGACAAAAUCAACAAACCAAAUUAGGUUUGGAAAAAGUACAAGGAGUAGCUUUGAAGAAGUAAUAGAUAUUAUUUAUCAGCUAUUGAUGUAGAUCUGGAAGUCGUUAAGGGCACAAUCCUAUGCAUGUUUUGUUCAGACAGAUAAAAGUCCUACAACUUCCAGCAUGGCUGGCUAGGGAAUGUGGGGAGUUGUAGAUCCCCCCCCCCGCCCUGUCUAAACAUGCAUAGAUUGUGCUGAAAGAGCUAUUAAUUCAGCUCAGCCAUAUAGUGCAGUGUGUGGGCUACACAUCAGCAAGUCAAUUCAUUAAAACCAGAAAAUUUCUCGCUCUGUGAAUAACCUAUAAGGACUUUCUUUUUUUUUUUAAAAAAAAGUGACAAAUCUUAUUUGUACUAAGUGUAAUGCCUAUCAUUGAUGUCUUAGCCCUCAGUUUUAAACUGAUUUGUUGCUGCAAGGUUUCUUUUCCUCUGUUCUCUAUAUUAAAACGAUUUGUUUUAUA